GGAAACUUCUCUGGAAUAGAGUCGCUGAAUUUAUGUAAGCCAGGACAGUUUUCUUCCCUAAUCAUCUGAUCACCUGUUAAUUAUUUUAAAGUGGACCUUCAUAUCUGCUGCCUAGAUUUUGCUCACCUUCAACAAACUAACUAUCAUCAUUGUCCUCCUCCAUCUUAUUCAUCUUCAUCCUCUUCCCUGGCAACCCCAUGAGAUUCAAUGCUAAAGAUCUGGCUUUGCUGGCCAGGCGACCAUCAGGUUGUUUUGACAAGGAAGGAAGACUGAAGAUUUGCAGAGUGGUCGGGGAUGAAAAAUUAAUAGAACCGAGAGAGAGAUGGUGCCGACUAAAAGGAAAUCUGCUUUUUCUAAUGAAAAAUAAGAGUUUUGAAGCCUCUGAAGUGGUAAUCCUGGAGCGCUGCUGGGUUGUGGAGUUCAGGAGUAAAACAGAUGUUUCAAUAGUUCUCAAGUUUCAGAGCGGAGAACCGGAUCUUUACCUUGAAGCUGCAUCUAAGCCAGAUUGCGAAUCUUGGGCUGUGGCACUGGGAGAGGCAAACUCGGAAGGUUUGCAGAAUAAAAUUCAGCAGCUCCGAAGGCUGAUCAUGGAAAUCAAAGAGGAGAGAUCGUCAGAUGAAGCACGGCAGUUUCUCCCGUCAUCCCAGGUAGACAGUCUAGGAGAGCUACAGUUUACGAGUAUUCAGAGAAUUGCAAAUGAGCCAAAGCUGGAGUUCAGUCUUGCAUGCAAGGAUCUAGUGGCUGCUACCCGUGAUCGGAAGCUGAAUACGUUUAUACAAGUCUCGGUGGUACACCCAGCAGAGCACAUUUUGACGAGGUAUUCAAGCACUGAAAUCGUGGAGGGUACAAGAGAUCCACUGUUUUUGACUGGUGUGACAUUCCCACCGGAAUACCCCAUCUAUGAGGAGACUAAAAUAAAACUAACAGUCUAUGAUGUCAAAGAUAAGUCUCAAGACACGGUCCGCACCAGUGUCCUACCUGAUCACAAGGAGGCAAGAGCAGAUGUUGGACGAAGCUUCCUGGGCUGUACAACUUUUAGAGUAGGAGACUUGGUGAAGUCAAAGGAGCAACAGUUGACCCUUACCCUCAAGACUUCUGAUGGUGGAAAGACGGUUGGUACCAUUGAAGUCAGUCUUGUGAAGAUGGGAGAGCUAGAGGAUGGGGAAACAGAGCACAUCACAACAGACGCCCAGGAUCAAAAGUGUGCAUUGGUUCGUGAAUGUACAGUCACUGAAGGCAUAAGUGGAAAAGACAACCUGCCUUCAUUAAAUGCAGUGUUAAAAAACCCAAUCUGCAAGUUAUAUAGAUUCCCUACUUCUGACAACAAGUGGAUGCGAAUCCGGGAACAGAUGGCUGAGACCACCCUCUCUUUCCAUGUUCCUAAAGAACUGAUCAAUCUGCACAUAAAGGAGGAUAUGAGAAGGAAUCAGGAACUUAAAGACUUGGGAGAACUUGCUCCUCACUGGGACAAUAUGCGCAGGAGUGUUAUUGCUCACUGUGAUCAGAUGUUGAGCAUGUACCAAGAUACUCUUGCAGAGCUUGGGAAGCAUACAGGUUCUUCCUUCAAAUCAAGCUGUAGCAAAGGAGAAAAAACAUUAGAAUUCAUCCCAAUUAAUCUUCAUCUGCAAAGAAUGCACGUGCAUAGUCCUCGAUUGAAAGAUGCUCUGUACGAUGUCAUCACUGUGGGAGCCCCGGCAGCACAUUUCCAAGGGUUUAAGAAUGGUGGUCUCCGAAAACUACUGAGUAAAUUUGAGGCAGAAAGACGAAAUACUGGAUAUCAGUGUAUUUACUAUUCACCUGAAAACACAGCCAAGGCAAAAGAAGUUCUCAGCAACAUCAAUAAUCUACAACCUCUCAUAUCAAGCCAUGCAGACCUGCUGCUAAAUUCUGCAAGCCAGCAUUCUCCAGACAGCUUGAAGAAUUCUUUAAAGAUGCUUUCAGAAAAAACAGAGUUAUUUGUGCAUGCAUUUAAGGAUCAGCUGGUCAGAAGUGCCCUUUUAGCACUAUACACAGCCCGGCCUGGCUGUGUCCUCAAGAAACCAGCUGUGCCUAGAAACACUGCAGAAGAGGGGGAUGAUUUACAGCAUCAGGAUCAUCCUUCUCAGAUUAAAAGGCAAGACUCUAUACCCCAUCAUUCUGAGUAUGAUGAGGAAGAAUGGGACAGGGUGUGGGCCAAUGUGGGAAAGAGUUUAAACUGCGUUAUUGCCAUGGUGGACAGACUGCUUGAAAAAGACAACAUCAGCAACAUUAAAGAGGGUGAAAAUGACCCAUCAGCAGCAGAUUGCAAGGUGUUGCAUACAGGUGACUGGUAUGAACAGCUUUAUCCCCUGGUGAUUACACUGAAGGACUGCAUGGGAGAGGUGGUGACCAGGGCGAAGCAGUCGAUGGCAUUUGUUCUGCUUCAGGAACUUGCCUGUGGUUUGCCACAAUGUUUGAUGCUGACCCUGAGAAGAGACAUCGUCUUUAGUCAAGCACUCGCUGGAUUGGUCUGUGGGUUUAUAAUCAAAUUGCACACAGGUUUACAUGAUCAAGGAUUUUUACAACAGCUUCAUACUGUUGGAUUGCUUGUGCAAUAUGAAGGACUCCUUAGUACUUAUAGUGAAGAAGCAGGGAUGCUGGAAGACAUGGCUGUGGGAAUUUCAGAUUUGCAGAAAGUAAUGUUUAAAGUCAUUGAAGCCAAAUCAGAAGAUUUUUUGCCUAUUAUAACUGGAAGACGUGAACAUUACAUUAUAGAGGUCCAGCUUCCGGCAAAGAUGUUUGAGUUGCUGCCACAAGAGAUUAAAGAAGGAAAGCUACUUCGCAUGUAUCCAGUACUCUUUAAUGUUGGAAUCAAUGAACAGCAAACACUUGCAGAGAGGUUUGGAGAUACCACUUUGCAGGAAAACAUUAACCAGGAAAACUUAGAACUUCUAAAAGAAUAUUACAAGCUGUUUACGGAAAAAAUGCCUCCUGACUGUCUACCACAUUUUCAAGAACAAAAUGAUUUAAAGGGAUUGCUUGAAAAUCUCCAUCAAAAUAUCCAGGCCAAAAAGAGAAAGAAUGUAGAAAUCAUGUGGCUGGCUGCGACGAUCUGCCGUAAGCUGAAUGGAGUCCGUUUCACCUGUUGCAAAAGUGCCAAAGACCGGACAUCCAUGUCAGUGACGCUGGAGCAGUGCUCCAUCUUGAGGGACGAGCAUCAGCUUCACAAAGACUUCUUUAUUCGGGCGCUGGAUUGUAUGAGAAGAGAAGGAUGCCGCAUAGAGAAUGUACUGAAGAAUGUCAAAUGCAGAAAGUAUGCAUUCAACAUGAUACAGCUGAUGGCUUUCCCAAAGUACUACAGACCUCCAGAAGGGACAUAUGGAAAAGCUGACACCUAAGUUUAACAAAAGUGUAAUCAGGAACAUACAUCACGCUAAUUAGUGCAUAUAAAAAUUGCUGUUUAUGACUUAUUGGGAAUGUGUAACCAGUUGAGGUGUUAUUUUUAUCAGGUUUUAUCAUUUUACAUUAAAAUAACUCCAGUUAGUCAUUAUGAAAUAAAAUAUCAUGAAAAAGCAAUGGACUGAAUCUUCUCAAAGCCAAAUAUAUUCAACUUUUCUUUGUGAAGUUGAAGCUUAGUCUGACUCAUCAGCCAGCUGGAAUUAGUUUUUUGGGUCGUUUGAUCAAAGAUUAAAAAGGGAAAUGUCGUUUGCUGUAGGAACUGAGGUUAGCAAUGUGGAAGCUGGCAUUCUGACUCCAAACCAAAACCUUGAGAUUUGAUUUAAGGGGUUUCUUACUGCAGGAAAUAGUGUUUUAUGGAACCAGCAUAGCACCAAGGUUUUGAUCACUGGUGAUUAAAUUCUGCACAGAAGUGUUUAUGAAAGAUGCUAAUGUUAAUACCUGGGCUAAAUAUAAUUUUGGUAAUUACAUUUAGCUUCUUUACAUAAGCAUGGUAACUUCAUAAUGGUUUUAGUAAUUACAGCCUGUAAUUUCAGUAAUUCCAUUCUGUUUCCUUGCAGUUCAUUUGGAUGUAUCCUUCUUAGGUUUCUGUACCACAGCCAAAUACCACAUAUUUCACUUUCACAUAAAUCACACUGAAAUCAAGGGGAUUAAUUCUUCAAGUAAGGUGACCUGAAUUUGACUUGUCAUGUUCCCAUUUACUGUAAACCCUUAAAACUAAAUUUUCUUUAAUGUUACAAAAAUGAGUUGUACAUACAGAAGCUAAUGUAUCUUUAGGCUAUAAAAACAUGUAUGUUUUUACAGAGCCUAAGAUAAAUGUUAUAAUUAUGAGUAACCUGCUGUAUUAGGACUAGUUAGCCACUGCAGCUGAUUUAUAUCAAAUUUGUAAAGCUGCAUGUAGACACUCUAGGAUGAAGAACUAUCAGCUUUAAAAAUGAAUGUUAAUGCUUCUGCCAGCUUGUGUUAGUUCUGAAAUUUGUCUUGCAAAGAACAUUUGUGUUUUCUAAUUGUAUCUAUUUAUUGCCGCCUUCUGCCUCCCAGAGAGAAAUACAAUUAAAAAACCCCAAGUAUUUACUGGUUACUGACCUUUAUGUAAUGCAUUCAUUUUGAGGAAAAAAAUAUCUAGAGCAGAAGUGUGAGAUUUUACCCUAAUGAAACUGCACUGGGAAUUUGAGCAUCUGUAGGAAAUUGUAAUUGCCAUGGAUAUAGAAGUUAAUGUCUGCUUGCUCCUAUGGAAGUCAAAGAAAUCUUGAUCCACUGUGAGUUACAACUUGUUCUUUUUAAUCCAUUAAUGCUCAUUACUGAGUAUAAAUCUCUAACUAUCCUAGUAAAAAUACAUAUUUAAGAGCUGGAUCCUGCAAACUCUUAAUUGGGUGAUUACGUGGAAAUGAUCUAUCAUAUGAAUAAAAUUAAACCCAUCAUGUAUAUUUGCAAGAUCAGGCUCUGGAGCUUGUAGGAGAACAUCAGGAAGAGAUUCUCGUUCCAAUAUUCAUUGACUUCAGUGAAGCCAGGAAUCCACCUAUACAAUGUAUUUACCUGAAUAUUUGGCACUUUUUCCAAACUAAAGUGGGUAAUUUAAAUAGUGUUUUGGUGCAUUUGUUGUUUAUUUGUAUUAUAUAAUGUGCUAUCAUGAAUGACUUUUGUUCUUCUGGAAUGUAUUCCUUCAACAUCAGAUGUCAGAAGAGUUGCUAUUACAUCACAGAUAAUCUCAGACAGAUGAGAUGCCUUGAUUUUUUUUUUUUUUUUUUUUUUUUUUUCAUGUGCCAGUAGAAGUAGGCACUACUCAUUGGCUGGGCAGAUGUGUGAAUAAAUUUGUGUUUGGGUCUUUAACUAUAAUAUAGCUGAUCUGUACAAAACUUUUUUGUGGAUUUAUGGAACAUAUCUUCCUAGGAAAGUAACGUUCUGUUAGACUGCCACAGUAGCCCUUGCUAUCUGCCAUGUUUAUUAUUAGCUUAAAAAAACUCAUUACAGUUUAGAAGUGUACAGUUUAGAAAUAGUGAUGACUUCCUCAUGCACCUCUGAAAUAAUCCCACAGAUGCACAAUAGAGAAUACUGGCCUUCCUACAGCAAUUCUGAAACAAUUUGUAAAAGUCUGUAUGGAGAUGGGAUUUACUGGCGGGUACUAUAGGCUCCUUCAGUUCUUUAUCUUAGUCCUGUGGGCACUUUGUCAAGUUCAAACUAUGAAAUUAUAGAUUUUCUUUUUAUCAGGAAAAUAGUCUUUCAGGAUCUCACCUCAGCAUUUUAAUCCCAUUUGGGUUCUAAAUCGCCAUUGUCACUCUUAUGUUACUUUUAUACUGAAGAUCCUUUCCACAUUGAAGCCAUAUUUUUGGAAGGUGGGGGGAAGGUCAUUGGUUUACUGUCCUUUUUGUUUUAACAGCCACUCCCAGUAUGUACUUGUGAAAUUAAAUAAUCUGUUAAAGGUCAAUUACCUUGUCAAAGGUAAUUAAGAAAAAAAUCUGAAACCCACAUCAGUGUGCUGCAGUGAAGCUUCAUUAGGUGGGCUUGGGCAUUACAGAAGAGUAGGCUGGGGGGGUUGUGCUAAAUAAGGAUGAACUUUUUCAAGCAGUUUCUUGAUUGGAACAUGUUUUUGUAGGUCACGAGACCUUUGUAAAACCCACUGACAUGGUUCCAAGUCAUCCUACGCCCGGAUGUUUCCUGGUUUGGUCGUUGCCUGCUGUGGGCUACCGCAGGUCCGUAUAGGCAAAGGCUGCGUCACCAAAGCUGAGUUGGCAGCUAAGCAUGGAUCCAAAACUAGUGUUUUUUCAGGUUUGCCUUUUACAAAGAAACAAAGGGGGGUUUGCUGCAGGUUGCUGUAGUUACGUUACUUGGAGUACAUUUAUUCUUUGCAGAAGCUGCUUCAAGACUUGAGCGUUGUUUGAAUGCCUAACAGGGGAGUUAAAUAAUCCGUGAGGUCUUGCACACAUCCUUGUGGUUCACUGUGAAUAUCAGAGGAGUAAAAUUAAGCAAAUGAAUUUUUAUGAGCAAGCUACAUCAUUUGUUUUGCAAACGGUUAAGGGUAGCACACUGAUUUUGGUGGCGGAUUCGCAUAAAAUGGAUUCCGUAUCUGCUCUCUUAAAACUUUUGUAAUGUAUGAUAUAAUCUCCUUUAAGGGGAGGGCAGUUCUCAAGGGCUAGAAGAUGAACAUUGAGAAAUAUAUCUGGCAUCUAAAGGUAAAUCCUGUCUCACAGAAGAUAUUAUUUCUAGAAAUAAGGUCAUCAGGAUCUGCCUCGAGGAAUCCUGAAAUAAGGGCUUCUAGCUCUGAAUAUUUGACAGCGCAUUACACGCAUAUAUGGGGGUUUUGUACCACAGACAUGUCUAAAUAAAUAGAGAGCUAGUAUAAAAUGUCUAAAAAAAUAAGAAAAGGAAAGAUUUUUUUCUCAGAGAUGAUUGUAAUACUGUUAUAAUACAUAACAUGCAUAGAACUGACAUUAUUAAGCAGGCAGGUCUUUUCUUCUGAAGUCUUCUUUUGGGGAAUUUAAAAUACGUUCUUGUUAAUGUUUAUGCUUUGGCUUUUAUGGAGCAAUUAGGAAACAGAAAUUUUUAUGUUAUCUGAUUUUUGUCUGUGUGAAACUGUAUUUUGAUGGAAUACAAGCAAUGUAUGUGUUUUAAAGAACAAAUGAUUUAGGAGCACAGCUGAAACAAAAUAUGAAGUGAGAAAGAGCCUUAAUUAAGUCCUUUGCGAUGUUAAUUUUUAUACUGUCUGAAUUUUGGCAUUACGUAAGUGAAAUUAACAAACACUUUCUGUGUCUAAAUCAACCAGUCCUGAUGACAGUUCACUUAUUUGCAGUGAAAUAAAUUGUAAUGGUAUUCUAAAUCAUCACUAGUAAUUUAGAUGUAAAGAAGUGCAACAAAACAUUUUGAAGCCCACUAUAUAAUAUGCCUGUUAAGAGCUUCAGAAAAUCUUAUUUUUAUCUCUAGUUUAAACACAAGUUUCAGGAAAUCUUAUGGUCCACUUAUAAAAAGCAAAAAAUGCACUGAACAUCAACUGGUGUAAUAAAGACAGAAAUUGCAUUAAAAACUAUGCAGCAAAAUUACUUGUGUGAAUUAAUGUAUGUAAUCAGUUAACAGUCUUAAACGUAUAUUGUGUCAGUUGGCUAUGUUGUAAACUUAAAACCAUUGAUAUCUAUAUUUAUGCUUUUUUUCUUUUUUUUUUUUUUUAUUGUAAAGAAGUGUGCUGUACAGGCAAUGCCAUGAGACAUGAAUUUGCAAUCUAAGUGCUUUAAACUAAUUUACUGUUCUUCAAAACACAAACUUACCUUGUAAAUUGCAUGUUACAAAUACACAAAUGCUUUUUUAAAGAAAAAAAAAAA